UGGUUAUUCCAUCAUCAACCUUAGGUUAACUUUGUAAGUAUCCCUACUUCUCUCCAAUAACACUUCUAAAUUGAAAAUAAAUGUCCAAAUCUCCAUGCUCGUCUUCUUUCAAUGUCCUCCUCAGUUCAUUUCACUCCUAGUUUCUUCAAUCUCUCCUCUCCUUUCAUGUCUUCGAACUAUUGCAGUUUAAUUUCAACGACCCUAAAUGAAACUCUAAAAUGGUUCAAAAAGGAGAUUUUAAUUCAACUGUGUUAUUGGGAGAGAAGAAGAUGAUGGAAAUGGAGGACUCGCAUGGAAGGAGAAAGAGGAGUGAAAGAACAACUAAAGGGAAAAUAUUAAAGCAUUUUUAUUAUCCCAGUCAUCUCGCCACAUCAUCAUUUAGUAAUAUCUAUACUUUUAAACCUCUUCUUCUUCAAAAUUCAAUAACUAAAAUGAUCAUUCAAUCACACAUUUCUAAAAAAUCUACUAUUAAAAUGGUAUUUUUAUUCGGAAAAUUAAUCUAAGCAAGAGAUUUUGAUUCAGUCAAGAUAGUCGAACCUAAAAAAUAUUUAGAAAAAACAACUAUGACACCGCCUCUUUUUUCGUAUCGGAUGCAUCUUAUUAUAUUGUAGUAAAUCAUUUUUAUAUAUAUUUUUGCAGUUACCCCAUUUUGAUUUGCUAUUAUCAUAAAUGUGCAAAGUAAUUGGGAAAUUUGAGAAUUUAAUUAGGAAAAAUAAUAUAUUACUUUGUAGAAGAAGAAGAAAAAAAACGAUAAGUAUACAUUAUGAUAUAUAUAUUAUUUCUCCUUCAUCUUCUUCGUUCACUCAACGAGCAGACGCCCCCUCUCUUUCUUCCGUCCAUCACCGCCGCCUGUACUUCGCCGUGCUGCACCGCCGCUGGUUGUCUCACGCCCGCCGUGUUCGUUCAGCCGCGCCAUCAUCCGCCAGAAACACCCAGCUUCUUUGUUUCCGUCGAGCCGCCGCUGGUCUGCUGUGUUCCGUCAGUUGGGUGCUGCCUUCAUCUCUUGGUUUCGCCGGAAACUUGAGUUUUGGGUAAAGUAAGUAAAGUAAAAAAAGCACCAGGUGCAUGGCGGGAGAUUUGUUGAAGGUGCCAUAUGGGAAUAGUGUCAAUGCUUCUGCUCAGUAUCAUGUUUUAAAGAAGUUUUGAAUGUUAAAAUGAAAACCUUUGAGUUUGAGUUUAAAUGCAAAUGUUUUAUAAUUUAUUUAUCUAUAUAUUUUCAACGUUUUGGGAUCCUGAUUCAAAUAUUGUUGUACUAUUUAUAAAAUUAUAGUUUUACAAAAACAAGAGAGUCGAACAAUUUUUGUUUUAAAAUUGCACUUAUGUUAGUAUUGACCCAAGUAGAGAUCUCGAAAAGUCCGCCUGUUACAGUUUGUAUCAUAGCCUAAGUUUUAGGCUCUAUAGACUGAUUUACAUUGUGAGUCCAAAGUGUCCCUAUGGCCCAUCAAUGGGUUCUUCGUCAUCGCCAAAUACAGCCUACCAAUGAAAAGCUCUAUGAAAGUUGUGUUUAAAAACAUUCAUGUUUAAGGUUUAUGUACUGACUGAUUGACAUUGCUUGUUUAGUGACUUGGUAGAAGGUGUAUGAGAUGGUUAUUCAGUUAAGACGCUGAAAAAAAAUUAUGAGGUCAUUUGACACUAGUUUAUCUCAUGGAGGGACUAUUAGAAAGGAGCAUCGUUCAAAGAUGUUGAAAUUUGAUGGGACUAUAUAGCAUUGUGAUGAUAUAGAAGUAAAGGGUUGUACAUGUUUAAGCCAUCGAAUAAGAUGUCCAAGUGGACUAAAGAUUUGUGUUAUGUUUUGGCAUGGGGGAUGAGAUUAGUGGUAUUAAAGGAAACUUUAUCAUAUUAUGACAUGCAGAUAGGCACGAGAUUAAAGUUGCUUUAUAAAUAAGAAAAAGGAGAAGAAGAAACUAUAGUUUUACUAAAGGUUACUGGGUAUUAAGGUCAAAUGUUUCCAGAUGAGUUUUGAGAGGCUUAAUAAGUCAUGAACACUUAAGGGAGUAAAUUUUCUGUUGGAGUAUAAGUGAUGGUUAGAAUAAUUCUUCAUAGCACCCUGGGUGAUGUCGUCAAAGGAAGCCAAAAUAGUUGAAAUAAUCUUAUUCUUAAAAGUGAAGAAGCAAAGUGUCUGUUUUAAUUAAACAAUAAAAUUUUCGAGAACUUCAAAUGACUUGGACCAUCCCUAACUUUAUGCUACCAAGGCUCUAGAUAGUUAAUUGGGACAAAGAGGAAAAAAAGGUUUUUGGAGUUUAAAAGAGAUGGCAAAUAGUGAAGGAGAAUAUUACAGGAUGAGAACUCUUCAUGAGAAAUAUAUGACUUACGGAGGAGUUCAAUAGGUUAUACUUUGGAAUGGAGAUUAUGUUUCACUGGGAAAGUGAAAAAGAGCACCCUGAAUUUAUUGGCAUUAGCAACGAUACAUGUGAGGAAAAUGAAAGUAUUUAUAGAAUGGUUUACUGUUUUUGAGAAGAUAAAGGAAAUUGAUGUUUUGAGGCUACAAGUACAUAUGUUUGGUUUGACUUACUUGCUAAGAUAGGAUUUUGGUGUUUAGAAGCCUUUGGAGUUUGUAUAGUAACACAGUUACUACUUGCUGUUAUUUUGUGUGCUGUUAUUUGUGUACCAUUGUAUUCUUUCAUUCUUCUCAAUGAAUGUUGUUGUUUUCAUUAAAAAAAUAUUUGGGCUUUUAAGUUUAAGGUAAGUAAUCUUACUUCUAGAACUCCUUUGUGCCAGGCACUCUAAUUGGAAUAUGAUUGAUAGCUUCUCUGAGACUGUCCAAAAGAUUUGGGUGGUUGGUGUGUAUGCAUGAGCAUGAUCAUGCCACGAUAUGUUAUAUGAUUUAUGUUGUGGUAUUUAUUGAUUUUUUUUUUGGGUGGUUGAUGUGUAGACAAAGAAUGGAGUUCCCAACUCCACACGUCCCAACUACUACUCCCACCUCCUUGGUUCAAACACCCCCAACCUAGCCAUCACUAUUUUCAUUUUCCCUAACAAUUAAACACUGACACACCAAAACCAGAAAUUCCAAUUUGCCACAAAUCCAUAUCCACUCGAAUAACACAGCACUUCAGUUCAAUGUUCAAACAGGCUGGGACAUGAAUCAUCCGGUGAGUGGUUAAAGGGAAGAGAAUGAUCAAAGGGUGGAAGGAAUGGAAGGUAGAUUGAGAAGGAGGAGGAGAUAGAGCAAGAAGAAAUAUAAGUUCAGUCGGAAGUUAGACAGUCUGAUUCUUUAAACAAGAGAAGAACAAUGGGCAGUAAAGCUAUGUUUAAAUGGGCAAAAACAGUUACACCUACUCAUGUUCAGCAGCUAAUACAAGCAGAACGAGACAUAAAGAAGGCACUUAUCAUAUUCGACUCUGCGACAGCCGAGUAUGCAAAUGGUUUUAAGCAUGAUCUAAAUACUUUUAGUCUCAUGAUUAGCAAGUUAAUUUCUGCAAACCAGUUCAGGUUAGCAGAAACCCUUCUUGAUAGGAUGAAGGAAGAGAAAAUUGACGUCACUGAGGAUAUACUUCUCUCCAUUUGUAGGGCUUAUGGUCGUAUCCAUAAGCCGUUGGAUUCCAUAAGAGUUUUCCAUAAAAUGCAGGAUUUUCACUGCAAGCCUACAGAAAAAUCUUACAUUUCAGUCCUUGCCAUUCUUGUGGAAGAAAAUCAAUUAAAAUCGGCUUUUAGAUUUUAUAGGGAUAUGAGAAAAAUGGGUAUUCCCCCUACGGUAACUUCUCUUAAUGUUCUAAUCAAAGCCUUUUGCAAGAAUAGUGGAACCAUGGAUAAAGCAAUGCACUUGUUUCGUACAAUGUCUAAUCAUGGGUGUGAACCUGAUUCAUAUACUUAUGGAACUUUGAUCAAUGGAUUGUGUAGAUUCAGAAGCAUCGUUGAGGCAAAGGAAUUGUUGCAGGAGAUGGAGACAAAAGGUUGUUCACCUUCUGUCGUCACCUAUACUUCGAUAAUACAUGGUCUAUGUCAGCUGAACAAUGUGGAUGAAGCAAUGAGAUUACUUGAAGAUAUGAAGGACAAGAAUAUCGAACCUAAUGUGUUUACUUACAGUUCUCUAAUGGAUGGAUUUUGCAAGACUGGUCAUUCUUCACGAGCUAGAGAUAUCUUGGAGUUGAUGAUCCAAAAACGCUUGAGGCCCAACAUGAUCAGUUAUAGUACAUUGCUUAAUGGACUUUGCAAUGAAGGAAAAAUAAAUGAAGCUUUAGAGAUUUUUGACCGAAUGAAACUCCAAGGUUUCAAACCAGAUGCCGGGUUGUAUGGGAAAAUAGUUAAUUGUCUGUGUGAUGUUUCCAGAUUCCAAGAAGCUGCAAACUUCUUGGAUGAGAUGGUUCUUUGUGGGAUCAAACCUAAUAGAAUAACAUGGAGCCUUCAUGUCAGGACCCAUAACAGAGUAAUUCAUGGUCUCUGCACUAUCAACAAUUCAAAUCGUGCAUUUCAGUUGUAUCUUAGUGUCUUGACACGUGGUAUUAGUAUCACUGUUGAUACUUUUAAUUCUUUGUUAAAAUGCUUCUGUAACAAAAAAGAUCUUCCUAAGACUUCUAGAAUUCUGGAUGAGAUGGUGAUUAAUGGAUGUAUCCCUCAGGGAGAAAUGUGGAGUACCAUGGUUAAUUGUUUUUGUGAUGAAAGAAAAGCUUGUGAUGCUAUGAAAUUGCUGCAACUCCAGUUGAUGGAUUGAUCUCAUGGGUCUACAAUAUUUAUUAAAUGUUACAUUUCGUGAGCAGAUAUUAUUUUUGUGCAGCUGCACUUUGAACU